AUGCGUCGAGGUGUAGGAAUAACUGGAAUUAACCAACAACUAUUACAAAAGGCAAAAUUUAGUGAAAAAGGUUCUGAACUUGCUCAUGAUCAUUUAGAAAAAUUGUCAAAACAAUUUGAAAUAUUUCGUGACAAUUUGGAAAAAUUUGCUGAAAAACAUAAAAAUGAAAUUAAAAAAGAUGUGGCGUUUCGUCGACAAUUUCAAGACAUGUGUGCGACAGUCGGUGUAGAUCCAUUAGCAUCAAGUAAAGGCUUCUGGUCUCAAGUACUUGGUGUUGGCGAUUUUUAUUACGAAUUAGCAGUGCAAAUUGUUGAAGUUUGUGUUGCUACAACUCAACAGAAUGGUGGUAUUAUAUCGUUAGAUGAGUUAUUAUUACGUGUAAGAAAAGCACGUGGAAAAUCUAAGACAGCUCAAGACGUCUCACAAGAUGAUAUAUUACGUGCAAUAAAAAAAUUACGUUCACUUGGUGAUGGAUUUUCGACCAUUGAACCAACGACAGCUAAUGGUCGUAUUCUAAUUCAAUCCGUGCCUGGUGAAUUAAGUAUGGAUCAUACAACAAUUAUCAGUAGUUUACAAACAAAAGCUAAUUUUACUAGUGAACAACUGAAGGAGCAACUCAAAUGGAAUGAUGACAGAAUUAAAUCAGCGCUCGAUUUUAUGAUUAAAGAAGGUUUAUUAUGGGUUGAUACAAACGGGAAACAGACGGAAUACUGGUUUCCAGGUUUAUUUACAGCACAAAGAGUACAGGCCGGAGAGAGCGUUUAA